AUGGCUAAUAGUAACAGUUUUCUUGGUCUUGUUGUUCGCCUCUUUCUUUUGGUGGUAUUGCUAGGUUCAUCAUCUUAUUUGGAGAUCAACAUCAUUAAACUCACCUCCGCCAAGUGCAUUGAGGAGGAGAGGAAAGCACUUCUGACCUUCAAGCAAGGUCUCAAAGAUCCUUCUGGCAGACUUUCUUCUUGGGUGGGUGACGCUUGUUGCCAUUGGAGUGGUGUCCGAUGCAACAACGUAUCAGGACAUGUUGUCAAGCUCCACCUCAGGAAUCCAUUUUCAGAAAGCAGUGAGAUUUUUUGGUCAAUGGAGUACGAUUAUGAACGGUUUGCCUAUGCGUCCCAUUACCAAAGGUCGUGUUUGAGAGGUCAGAUAAGUUCUUCUUUGCUUCACUUGAAAUAUUUGAAUUACUUGGACCUAAGCUUCAAUGAUUUUGAAGGAACUCGAAUUCCUAAAUUCUUGGGUAUGUUUGAGAACUUGAGAUAUCUUAAUCUCUCUUCUUCAUUCUUUGCCGGAGAGAUUCCACCUCAUCUUGGAAAUCUAUCCAGCCUGAAUUCACUUGAUCUCGGCUAUGAUUUAACGUUGUUCCAUUUAAUUGACAACCCAGUUGGCAUGAGUAACCUACUCACUCCAAAUUUGGAAUGGCUCACACGGCUCUCUUCUUUGAAAUACCUUAACAUGAGAGAAAUGUUAGUCAAUGACAUAAAUUGGCUGCAAUCAAUUAAUAUGCUUCCUAACCUCCUCGAGUUACACUUGCCUAGGUGCUCUCUACAAAGCCUUCCACUCUCACUCCCAUUCAUUAAUUUAACUUUUCUUUCAGUCAUUGAUAUUUCUGAGAAUCAGUUUUUCUCCUCAAUACCAAACUGGUUGUUCAAUCUCACAACCCUCACCGAACUUGAUCUCAGGGGCAGUAACUUCAAUGGAACCAUUCCGAGUAAAUUUGUUAACUUGAAGUUUUUGAAAUCCCUUGAUAUCUCUGUUAAUGACUUUAACUGCUCCUCAAUACCAAACUGGUUGUCCAAUCUCACAAGCCUCACCAGACUUCGUCUCAGUGGCAAUUCCUUUAAUGGAACCAUUCCGAGUGAAUUUGUGAACUUGAAGUCUUUGGAAUCACUUGAUUUGAGUGGUAAUGGAUUUGAAGGUCAAAUACCAAUAGUUUUGGGGAAUCUUUGCAAGCUUAAAAUUUUAGACCUUUCUGAAAACCAAUUCAGCGAAGGGGUGGUUGAGUUUUUUGGUGCAUUAAUCUCAGGUUGUCCUACUAAUAGCAUAGUGUCACUAAGUUUACGGGGUAACUAUCUUGUAGGGGAACUGCCAGAUUCAAUAGGAAUACUUGAGAAUCUUCAAAAUCUGUACCUCUCUGGAAACUUUUUUUGGGGUUCAAUCCCAAAAUCGAUUGGAAAUUUGUCAAACUUGCAAAAAUUGGACAUUUCCUCCAAUCAGAUGAAUGGAACCAUUCCCGAAAGUUUUGGACAACUCUCAAAACUCAUAGACCUAAAUCUCAAUUGGAAUUCAUGGGAAGGUGUUAUUAUAACAGAUGCUCACUUGAUAAAUCUCACAGGAUUAAAGUAUUUUCAAAUAGAUACAUACAAAUUUAGGUCAGUGAUUUUCAAUGUGACAUACGAAUGGAUACCCCCGUUCAAGCUCAAGCAUCUUGAUCUCAAAAACUGCCUAGUGGGUCCCAGAUUUCCGAUGUGGCUUCAACUUCAAAGUGAACUUUCUUAUUUGUCUCUUACAAAUGUUGGAAUUGCAGACACCAUACCUGGGGAAUGGUUUUCCAAGUUAUCAUCCCGAGUCACCUAUUUGGAUCUUUCUAGCAACCAAAUAAAAGGAACGCUACCGAUCCAUUUAGAAUAUCCAAAACUAGGUUCUAUGGACUUGAGUAAUAAUCAUUUUGAGGGUCCCCUUCCAUCAUGGUCUACCAAUGCAUCUGUUCUUUCUCUCAACAACAACUCGUUUUCUGGUCCGAUUCCAUCAAAUAUUGGUGAACUGAUGCCACAAUUGCAAGUUUUGCAUCUGUUUCAGAAUCCUCUCGGGGGUACAAUUCCAUUAUCAUUAUGCAAAAUGGAAAUGUUAAAAUCACUUGUCCUUAGGACCAAUCAAUUAUCUGGGGAGCUCCCUCAAUGCUGGAAGGCAUCGCAGACAUUAUCCAUUAUGGAUAUGGCAAACAAUAAGCUCUCGGGCGAAAUUCCAAGCUCAUUGGGUUCUCUGAGUUCUCUUCAGGAAUUAAUGUUGAGCAACAAUAUGCUACAUGGGAAAAUUCCUCCAUCAUUGCAGAACUGCAUGCUGGUGAUGAUUGAUCUUGGAGGAAACAACUUAACUGGAAAACUACCUUUGUGGAUAGGAGAACGUGCCCCUGCAUUACAAAUUCUACUUCUGCGAUCUAACUCGUUUAGCGGAGUCAUCCCUCAACGAUGGUGCAAUCUUACGGAACUUCAUAUUCUAGAUCUUGCGGACAACAACCUUUCUGGAGUCAUUCCUAGCUGUUUAGGAAAUUUAACAGCUCUAAUUUAUGGUAAUAGCAGCUUUUUCUAUCUCACUACAGAGCAAAUAGUUGUGGUGGCAAAAGGAAGAGAGCUCACAUAUGGAAAAACUAUGGAAUAUGUCAAUAUUAUUGAUCUUUCAGCAAAUAGCCUAAUUGGUGAAAUCCCUGAAGAGAUAACAAGUCUUAUUGCACUUGGUACCUUAAAUCUUUCGAUGAAUCAUCUGUCUGGAUGGAUACCCGACAACGUUGGGAAUUUGCAAUAUUUGGAAACCUUGGAUGUUUCAAACAACAAUCUGUCGGGACCAAUUCCUCAAAGUUUGUCUUCAUUAACGUUUUUGGCACACUUGAACAUGUCUCACAACAACUUGGCAGGAAAAAUUCCAUCUGGAAAUCAGCUCCAAACACUCGAUGAUUCGUCGAUUUAUGAAGGUAACCCUUUACUAUGUGGACUCCCUCUUCCAACCAAGUGCCCAGGUGAUGAUAAAUCUGAUGUGCCACCUCGUGAUGGAGGACAUCUCGAUGAUAGCGACGAUGAAAAUGGUCUUGACAUGGCAUGGUUCUAUAUCAGCUUGGGACCCGGAUUUGUUGUAGGAUUUUGGGUUGUCUUUGGUACAAUAUUAAUAAAGAAGUCGUGGAGGCAUUGCUACUUCCAGUUCUUGGAGAACAUGAUAGAAAGGAUUGUUCUUUCGAUUGCAUUGAGAGUGGCUAAUUUGAGAAGAAGGUGGGCUCAGUGA